AUGAGAUCUAAUAAAUUCAAUAAAUUCGAUCGCCGGUCAUCUUUACAUACUCGAAUAAAUGGCAAUGCUUGUUCUCAAGCGAACCUGGUUCUUCCUAUCUUCCCUUUAGCACCACCAUCAAAAGGUGUUGGUUUAUGUAAUAAUACUGGAGUAGAUUGUUUUAUUAAUUCUACACUACAAUGUCUUAUGCAUAUCCAACCGUUCGCAAAUUUUUUGGAACGUAAUUUAAGAUGUUCAUGUUCCGGUUUUUGUGGAUUAAGAGAGUUGUCCAUUCUACGAAUGUGCGCGUUACGAGCGAGAUAUACGAUAAGAAAUAGGGACUUACACCGAAACAUUAAAGUUAUUGAUCCUUUUGCAGAUGCUUACCGUCAAAAUGACGCUUUUCUCUUUCUCUGUGGAUUAAUUUCUAAUCAAAUUGAACGUUGUUGCAAUUCUUUACAAACGACUGCUGUAUUUUUUGAUAGGGUAUUUAAAACAACUUGGCGUAAUGAGGUCAUUUGCACAGCAUGUUCGCAUAAGUCUAUUACUUACAAGCAAGAGCAAGCCAUUCAAGUGGGAUUAGGAAAAGUGCUUAUAGGUAGUAUCCGAGAUUGGGCCGGUCCUUAUCCGCUUAAUGAUUAUAACGAAAUUUUGGAUAUGUCUGAGUUUUGUGAGCAUCCGGAAGAAGACGCACGAUACCGUCUUUCUGCAUCAAUCGUUCAUGUUGGAAAUACUCCACGAAGUGGACAUUACUACGCUUAUGCCAAAACAGCUUCUGGAUGGGUUAAAUUUAAUGAUAGCACAACAACAAAUGUUGUUUUAGAAACCACACUUAGAGAUAAACCUUACAUCCUUUUUUACACCAAGGAGAAUACUUCUUCAACUGCUACUGUAGCAUCUUCAACUGUUACUGUAGCAUCUUCGUCAAGUUCCAAUAUAAAAACGAAUACAUCACUGUGUAACACCAUCAAAUAUAUAACAAAGAAACAAUCUGUUGUAUCGUUGAAUAGUAAAAUUUCCGUUGAUAUUCAGUCGUCAACUGUCGAAAACGUGACUUCUAUCAAAUCCGAAACGGUAAAAGAUUCAUGCGAUAAUAAAAAUUCGUGUGAGAUCGUAGAUGCUGUCAAAAUCAAAAAUAAGGAUGAGCAAGUUGUAUUAUGCAAUUCAAAAGAAUUAGAAAAGAUUAACCCAUUGGUUAAUAUUAAUGAAUCUAAUGAUAAUAUUGGAUUGAAAGAAUCUGAUAAGGCUAAAUUAGAAGUUAGUAAUGUUAAACCAGUGUCAAGGACGGUCGAAAUUCCAGAAGAGGGUAAAAAUAACAAAUCGACUAUCAUUACAAAGUGUUUCAUAGCAUCAACAACUUUUAUAUCUGAUCAAGAGAAUUUGCAAGCGACUGAUACGCCCUCGAUAGAUUCAUCAUCGCUCGAACCUAUGAUAUCAGAGGAACCUGGAACUAUCACAUUGUCUACAAUAGAGAACGCACUAUUAAUACCUUUUGCUUCCGAUGUUAAAACCACGGAAGUAAUAAAGAAGGAUUUAGUUGAAAAGUCAUCCGAGAUGUCUACUUUAGGAAAGCGUAAAGAAAGGGAAAACGAUUAUGAGCAAAGCCCCGUAAAUAAACAAAAACUAAACAAGAUAACGUCAAAUGUUCAACAUAUUAAUGAUAUACCCCAAGAACAUAUUUCGAUUGAAGAAUGGCAAGUCCAAAAGAACAAACAAACUGCAUUGUCAAAUCCUAUAAUAAUUAGUCAAUUUUCUAGUAACUCGUCAAAGUCAGUGGUUAAUGACCAAUCUAUAAAUGACUUUUGUCAAAUAAAUACAGCUUCAAAUGAACGGAAUUGUAAUGAGAAUUCGACCACUGUAUCACUUUGUAGUAAAGGGACACACAAAAUUGGGCAUGGUAUAAGUGUAGUUGAGUACGGACAAUGUCGUUGGAUUGUUGAAAAUCUUCCAUCAAUAAAUUCUUUGAAUGAUUGUUGGAAAAAGAAAUUUUCACAUAAUAGAAAUAAAAUGAUUCGCAAGAAACGGAAAGGAAAACUUAAAGCUAGGGUACGGAGUAGUAUUUGA